UAUGUUCUGGGGUUUUCAUCUACCAUUUCAUUGACCUUUCUUUUUACAGUUCAAAUACUAAUAUCCAAUCAUCACCGCCAACGACGAAGCCACCACCUGCCAUGAAACCAUCAUUGAUUCGUCGUGUGACAUCUAGGUUACAUAUCACCGUCCCCGCAACUUCUUCAUCUUCACAGCUUGAGUCGUCAUCUCCGCGUCCAGCACGUGCUCCAGUUGGUUUGGGGCACUCUUCGCGUCCUCCCCGAUCACCACGUGUCGCUCUCGCUCAUUCUCCCACGCUUCCCAACUCUUUCGUCUCCCGUGAGAAUCGCGAGGCCGCGCUGCGCGAGCGUGGUUUGCUCCCGCCCAUGAAAGAUCUCAGCGAACAGGAGCGUGAGGCCGAUGAGCGCUUAGCCCCCGUUCCCGCCCCUGAUAAAAACCGUCAGGGUGGCUUCAGUGCGGCAUCAAAGAUUAAGGAAGAAUGGAUGUCCGCAAAUCGUUCGCCUGAAACACGUGCCUCGGACCCUGUCUACCCAAGACAGCUGCCCAGCCUUAGUGUGCUGGCGUCACGGGUGUCCCUGUUGUCAUAUUCGGCAUCUUCCUCACUAGUACUACCCCACUCCUCGGCAUGUGAUUCUGAUGGCACUCGCGCGGACCUUAAUGCCGAGAUGCAGUUCAGAGCAAGAUCCUCAAUUUCCAGUAGCGUCCCACCAUUAUCUCCAUCUUCACACCUAGAAGUACUAGAAGAGGAACCUGCAGAACAUCCGCCGCCGCCACCGCCACCGCAUCAUGUGCACCCGCCCAUAAUUAUUUCUACCCCGGUGGAGGAUUUGUUCCCCCCAGGUCACGCUGUUCUCGUCGAAAGCCCGAUUUCUUGUACAUUCUCAGCACCUCCGGUAUCACCAUCCCAGUCGGACACAUCCCCUCCGGUCAUACGGGACAAGGAAAACUCAUCACCGGCCCCUCCAUCCCGGCGGCGUACGUCAGAUUCGAAUGUUCGCAGGCGUUCAUCGGUCGGAACACACUUUUCCAGAUUCGGUACUAACUCGCUCACCAAUUUGCGGCGCUCGGUGACUGGGAGUUUAAGGUCUAGCGCGGAUCGGUCCAGUACUUCCAGUCAACAUUCCUCUCCACGGGUAUCUAUCAUGCCGACGAUGCAUAACCGUGGAAGCAUACUGCUUGAGACCAAGGGUAUUGAAGAUGCAGAGAGUCGCCGACUGAGCGAGCUUGCAUUCUUGGAUUGAUCAUGCGGAUCUUCGGAUUCAAGGGUUGAUACUCCCUCCUUCGUGGCUACUGUUAAACCAUUUAGCUGCUCCCACAAUUUGAAAGUGGUAAAGACGCCCUCAUUCUUUUACGGGUCACAGAUAAUUCUUUCGCACUUCCUUUUCGGACACUCACACGCAUCGCCGUCCACAUUCAUUCAAGGCUUUUAAAGGCAUAAAAGCGCCUAUUCGUCCAUCCAAUAUGAAAUCCUCGUUGCAUACUUUUUGCAUGUACUUUUAAACCCGUUAUCGAUCGAAUAACUUUUGCGAUCUGAUAUUCCCGCUCACUACUUUCGUUGAUCACG